AUGGAUUCUCAACUCAAAUCUCAAGUGGCGGCCCGCCACAUCCAGAACUUGAGCGAUGCCACCACGAUAGAGCCUCACUGGGGCUACGUGGAUCGGGCCCUUCCAUGUACCAACGACGCCGGGUCCUGCGCCUAUCUGGAUGUUGUCUACGCCUCUCAUGAUUUAGGCAUGCUAUACGUUGGUAUUUUGUGGGCGGUUAUUGGCGCCAUCUUAUUGUUAUGGGCCGUUGGUCGACGGUCAUUGCCGUCUCUCUCCGAGGAGGAUGUCCUCCGAGCUGCUCUCCUCGAGGAUACAAGAGCAAGCAAGAGCUUUCUCAACCGCCUUCGUCAGACUGCCUCGUCCGCAAUCAACCGAUACCUCCUCCCCGACUGCGUCCGUCCCAUCUUCGGUAGGACAACCCGCCUGCAGGUACUGGUCUUGGCCGUUUUGUCCGGUUAUCUCUUGAUCUUCUCCUUUGUUGGUAUCAUCUACAACACAUGGAUCACCCCCGUCAAGAAGAUGCCAGGCGUCUACAAUACUAGAGUCAGUCUCGGUCCCUGGUCUGAUCGUAUUGGAACACUUGCCUACGCCCUUACACCUUUGUCUGUCCUCUUCUCGACACGAGAGUCAAUCCUCUCCCUUCUCACCGGCAUCCCCUAUCAGAACUUCAACUUUCUUCACCGCUGGGUUGGCUACAUUAUCGUUGUCCAGUCCAGUUUGCAUACCAUCGGCUGGCUGGUGAUUGAGGUCCGUCUAUAUCAGCCUCAGCCCACGGUAGCCAACGAAUGGAUCUCCCAGCUCUACAUGAUAUGGGGCUGCAUUGCCUUGUUCUUCCUCAUGGCCCUAUAUAUCCUCAGCUUGCCCCCGGUCAUUCGUCUGACCGGCUACGAAUUCUUCCGCAAGUCGCACUACGUGCUUGCCAUGUUAUACAUUGGUGCUUGCAUUGGUCACUGGAAGAACCUGGAGUGUUUCAUGAUUCCAGCUCUUGUCAUCUGGUUCAUGGACCGCUUCGCCCGUGGUGUAAGAACUGCGCUGAUGCAUCACAACUUCAUUGAGGGUAAGGGUAUGGGCUUCUCUGCUGCGCAGGCGGCUAUGACAGUAUUCCCCGAUUCAGAGAAUGGCGACGUUGUCCGACUCGACUUCAGUCACCCCCAUGAUGCCUGGAAGAUUGGUCAGCACUUCUACUUGUGCUUCAGCGAGAGUAGCAUCUGGCAAUCACAUCCCUUCACGCCUCUCAACGCCCCUGUUACUGUGAACGGGAAAACGAAACAUUCCUACAUUUUCCGCGCAAAGGGUGGUGAGACGAAGAAGGUUGCUCAGAUUGCUGCACGCAAGCUCGCUGCCGGUCCUGUUGAGAAGACUAACGCCGGCCUAACUACUCCCGUUAUCUUGACUGGACCUUACGGCGACCCAAUUCUGAGAAAUGUCACCUCAGACGUCAACAUUCUGUGCGUUGCUGGUGGUACCGGCAUCACCUACGUUCUCCCUGUUUUGAUGAGUCUGAAGAAGCACUCUGGGGCAUCUCGAAAGCUCGAAUUGGUCUGGGUUGUGAGACAUACAAACGACGUAGCUUGGGUGCAACCCGAGCUUGAUGCUUUGGAAGCUGAGCAAGGCCCGAAGGUGGUGGUUCGCAUCUUUGCCACACGCGACUCCGGCAAUGCCUCCUCUCGCUCCGGAGAUUCCGGGGACAUCUCGGAGUCGGAAUCUUCGUCUGAUGCUGGUAAUAGUUCGGGUGAGAAGCAAGUGCAGGUGUCAGCUCGGGCGAUAGACCAGGUCGGCGUCAACAACACCCACCGCCAUCCCGAACUGGCGACAGUUGUCCGAGAAUUUGUCGACGCCACUGUCGAUGGGCGAACGGCGGUGUUUGCAAGUGGCCCUGGCGGACUGAUGUCCGACAUGCGACAGGCGGUGGCCCAGUGCAACUCGGUGGGCAAGGUAUGGAGUGGCGAAGAGCGGUAUAACGUAUCACUCAUCCAUGACGAGCGUAUGGAGCGAUAA